AUGUGGGGUGAAAAUAACAAAAAAAAUGAAUCAAUAAAUGUAACAAAAAAAAUAUUAUUAGAGACAUCAAACCUAGUUGUAAAAAAUGCUCAAACCACAACCAAUUUAGGUAAUUUAAAGGGUGAAAUUGAAAAAAAGUAUGCAAAAUUACAAAGUGAAAUAAAUAGUCUCAACAAUUACAUAAAUAGAGAAAGAAAUGAAAUUAAUAAUCUAAAAAGAGAAAAUGACCGAAAUUCACUUCCCCUGAUCUUUAGGUUAUUAAAUCCAUUUGGUGCUCUAAUUGUUCUACUUUCAGAUUUAAGUGGAUUAAAAUCAAGAGUAGCUUACAAACAAAAAGAAGUUAAUAGAAUGUCAAGAGAAUUAGAUUGUUUGACAAGCCAAAAAACACUUGUUACUCAAUCACUCUCAUAUACUGAAAAAGAGAUUGUCCAAUUUAACAAAACUAAAAAUUGUUUAGAGUUGUCACUCAAUGGACUUGGUAUUAAAAAAACUAAUGAUGAAAAUUUAAAAUUUGGAUUGGAGUUAUUAAAAAUUGAAUUUGGUAUUCUUUCUGUUGACUCUGAUUUAAGUAGGGAAUUAUUAGAAAUUGGUAGAAAUCAUGUUCCCAAAUAUGAAGAAAAAUUAAAGAUUUUAUUCACUGAAAAUAAUUUAACCUUUAAUUUAAUUGAAAACUAA